AUGACCAACAAUAUCAACAAUUCAACAACAAUAGUUUCGUGUUUUGACGUUUUUUGACCAAUUUCUGGAAGUUCUGAGUUCCGAGUCGGGUGUCUGGUGAAUUUUUCAUAAUUUUCCUCAUUCUUUUUCAUAAGUUAUCAAACACCGCUUCUGCUCUCAAUUUCCACCAUUUAUUGUAGUUCAAGUUUGGAAACCUUAACAAUUAACAUCUGUUCGGAAGUUCUUUCUAGGUGCGCAAAGUCUAUUUUCAACCGUCACAAUGUCUUACAUGUUACCUCAUCUCCACAAUGGUUGGCAAGUAGAUCAAGCGAUUUUAUCCGAGGAAGAUCGAGUUGUGGUAAUCCGGUUUGGACACGAUUGGGACCCGACAUGUAUGAAAAUGGAUGAAGUAUUGUACAGUAUUGCAGAGAAAGUGAAAAAUUUUGCUACAAUUUACUUAGUAGACAUCACCAAAGUUCCUGAUUUUAACAAAAUGUAUGAAUUGUACGAUCCAUGCACGGUGAUGUUCUUUUUCCGAAACAAACACAUCAUGAUUGAUUUAGGAACUGGUAACAAUAACAAAAUCAACUGGGCACUAGAGGAUAAGCAAGAAAUGGUUGAUAUUGUAGAAACAGUCUACAGGGGUGCCCGUAAAGGUCGAGGUUUGGUUGUAUCCCCCAAAGAUUACUCAACCAAGUACAGAUACUAAGGUAUUCUAUCAUCAGUCUCUGGUGAAGGAAGUUUAAGAUGGGUGGCACAAAGUGAAAGAAUCCCAGAUUCAAUCAACCUGAAGUCUUCGCUUGAGAGGAAAAUACAUGGUUUUUGUCGCAGCAUAGGCGAAAGAAAUCGUUUGGUCCAGAUUCAGUUUUCCGUUCAGGCUUCUUGAGGCUAAUAUUGAGGCCCUUUUAUUUAGAGGUGAGUAAUGUAAAUUGUUGAAAAAUUAUGCUGAGGCAUCUUUAUUGAUUAAUUAAAAUUAAAAUUCAUCCAUGAAAAUGAAGUUCAAUUAUGUAUCACCUAAGUAUGAGCAAUUUUUCAUAAAUUAAAAUUGACUUGUACAAAACAAAUUAAAGUUUCUUUCAAGAUAACUCUGUCUGUUAAGCAGUUUUGGAAAGAUUUUUUUUUUUUUUUUUUAAAUCUUUAUUUCACUUCUCCUACUUGGAAAAAUUUAUUGUACAGUUUUGAAUUCCAAAUACAGAUAAUUUAAACCUAA